ACAGAAGGAGGUGGGAAUCUACAUAGCAAACUCUCUGCAGGAGCCAAACUAGCUUACUGUGCCACAAACUGCCAGCCAUGUAGACUGACCAGUCAGAUCCCGGAACAGAAGGGAAGCCGAAUAUUUCUGUGAUUUUUUUUUUUGACCCAAUGGCGCACACUAACCAGGCUAUUUUGUUUUCUCGGCUUUGUUGAACAUUUGUGACCCCAUCCAGCUAUAACAACAACAACAACAACAACAAGGUCUGGCUAACAAGCUCAGAAUCCGUUAGCAUUAGCAACAAGCCUGUGACAAGCUGUCACCCCGGAAGGCCGUCGCCGCCGCCGCCGAGCACCGGGUGGGGAUUUAACUUUCUCUGACGGCUGUCCGCAUCUGGACUGAAACAACACAAAGUCACUAGCAAAUGUUAUAUAGCUGCUUGUUCAUUAUCGGUAAGAAUGUCCUCUUUGGGGAUAGCCGACGAGGAGUGCUUGGCAACUGUAAGAGGUCAGGAGCUGAGGGCUGGCCAGAAGGAGCCCAGACUACUUUCACUAAUUGAGCGCAGUGGAGAGUUUAUAUUAAGUGUUUUGGCCACCCCUGAGGCUGUUGUGUCUCAUCUAGUGGAUCAGGUGUCUAUACCCAUCAAUGGUAAUUUUGAAGUAGUGCGAGAGGCUGAAGAGGCUCUUCUUAUCGACUUCUCAGUAGACUCCUCUGUUCGGAUACGAAUCAAGGGGGAAAAAGCCCCUGAGCUGCUGUUGGAACUCCGCGAUGACGAAAGGACUCAGACUUUCCUCACACAGGUGAAGAGUGCUCAGCAGCAAGUUCAGUCCAACCUGACAAAACCCAAAGCGAUGGAGCCCCUUGCACCAAAAGCCUUGAGAGGUCCAGUGCCCUUCCCACCACAAGGAAAAAACAAGACUGCUAACUCUGUGGGCCCGGGAGCCAUCCCACCCAGGUCUAUUGCUGCACAGCCUCCCAACCUCAACAAUAUUAUGGCAACAGAUCAAUCUGAUACAGACCCAGUUCAAACACUUGCCUCAGACUUUGGUUUUGAGGAUAACUUCAACCACACUCUCAAAGUGGAAGAAAAGAAGAACCAUCAGAAUCGCAUUGUGGCUUCUAGAGAUCCUCCUCCUGUUCCUCCACUACCUCCUCGCAAAGGCUCCUACACUCCAUCCAAUCGUAUGCCUCCUUUACCAGUCGCUAAAGACAGAACUGUCUCCCUGCAGGCCAAAGACAACUCUUUCAACACUAGCCCCAAACCAGAUAGUUUUAGGUCAGGGUUUGACCGCAGUGACAGGCCAUCAUCUUGGUGUGAGAGCCCCACCACCAACAGCAUGAGGCAGGCUAUGUUCUCCAGCCAGGCAGGACAAAGAGAAUAUCUCAUCAAACAUCGCCUGGGGAAGAAGGAGAAUGAGUAUGUGGACAUCAGAUACUUCAAGUUUUUCACAGGAACAUGGAACGUGAACGGCCAGUCUCCAGACUGCAGCCUUGAGCCAUGGCUGCGCUGUGACGAAGACCCCCCUGAUAUUUAUGCUCUGGGUUUUCAAGAACUGGACCUGAGCACUGAAGCUUUCUUCUACAUGGAUUCGUCCAAGGAGCAGCUGUGGGUGGAAGCUGUGGAGAGGAGCUUGCACAAAAAAUCCAAGUAUGAGAGGGUUCGGAUCAUACGUCUAGUUGGGAUGAUGCUUGUAGUCUUUGUCAAAGAGGCACACAAGAAUCACAUAAAAGAAGUAGCUGCAGAGCAUGUGGGGACAGGAAUCAUGGGAAAAAUGGGGAACAAAGGAGGUGUAGCAGUGAGGUUUGUUUUCCACAACACUAGCUUCUGCAUCGUCAACUCUCAUCUGGCAGCACAUGUGGAAGACUUUGAGCGUCGUAACCAGGACUACAAAGACAUAUGCGCCCGCAUGACCUUCCACUUACUGGACUACCCCCCUCUCAGUAUCGUCAAGCAUGAUGUGGUAUUCUGGCUUGGAGAUUUAAAUUAUCGUCUGUUCAUGUACGAUGCUGCUGAGGUCAAACAGCUCAUUGCUGAGCACAAGCUUAAAAAGCUUCAGGAGGUUGAUCAGCUGAGCAUUCAGAGGCAGACAAAGAGAGCCUUCACAGACUUCAUGGAGGGAGAGAUCAACUUCAUUCCCACAUAUAAGUACGACCCCAAAACAGAUCGAUGGGACUCAAGUGGGAAGUGCCGUGUCCCGGCUUGGUGUGACAGAAUCCUGUGGAGAGGCAACAGUGUCAAGCAGCUCAAAUACCGGAGUCACAUGGAGUUGCAAACUAGUGACCAUAAACCUGUCAGCUCCCUCUUCAGUGUUGGGGUUAAGGUAGUGAAUGAGGAGCGCCACAAAAAGGUGUUUGAAGACAUUGUUCGGGCUAUGGACAGAAUGGAGAAUGAUUUCCUGCCGUCUCUCUCUCUGAGCAGAAGAGAGUUUACAUUUGAGAAUGUGAAAUUCCGGCAGCUUCAGAAGGAGCGAUUCCUAAUAACAAAUGACGGGCAAGUCCCCUGUCACUUUGCCUUCAUCCCCAAACUCAAUGACUCGCAGUAUUGCAAACCUUGGCUCCGUGCUGAACCAAGUGAUGGAUUCUUAGAGCCGAAUGAGACCCUGGAGAUCUAUCUGGAGGUGUAUGUCAGUAAAGACUCUGUCACGCUGCUGAACUCUCGAGAGGACUCCAUAGAGGACAUUCUGGUGCUCCAUCUGGACCGUGGCAAGGACUACUUCAUUACCAUCUCUGGCAACUACCUGUCCAGCUGCUUUGGCACCUCGCUGGAGACUCUGUGUCGCAUGAAGAAGCCGAUCAGAGAGAUCCCCAUCACCAAACUCAUUGACCUGGGAGAGGACAGCUACAUGGAAAAGGAAAAGUCAAAGGUUAACUUCCUGAUGAUGGAUGGUGCAAGUACUGAAGACAAACCUCUUAAGAUCCCCAAGGAAGUGUGGAUUCUUGUCAACCACCUCUUCACUAAAUCCUGUGAUCAGGAGGACUUGUUCCAGACACCAGGUCUACAGGAUGAGCUGCAGAACAUCAUCGAGUGUCUGGACACCAGCAUCCCAGAUUCCCUCUCUGGUUGUAACCAUUCUGUAGCUGAGGUUCUGUUGAUCUUCUUGGAGGCCUUGCCAGAGCCAGUGGUGUGUUAUGAGCUUUAUCAGCACUGCCUAGAGUGUGCGCAUGACAGCCGUCUCUGCAAACAGUUGAUCUCCCAGUUGCCCCGGGCUCACCGCAAUGUUUUUCGCUACUUGAUGGCCUUUCUGAAGGAACUUCUAAAGCACUCACACAACAACAACCUAACAGCCAGCCUCAUAGCAACACUCUUUGCUAGCCUCCUUAUUCGACCGCCUCCCAAACUGGUGGGCAGGCAGACACCGCAGGACCGGCAAAAAGCUAUCGACUUCAUUCUGGGUUUCCUCAUGGCAGGAGACGAGGAGUAACUGAAGAUGAUUGUCCCUCAUGACGUUACACGAUUUUGGAAUUGAUUCCCGACCUGGUUUACUGUUGGCAAUGGUCCUGGACCUGUAGGACACUGUGUGACAUGAUCCUUUUGGUAUUCUAUCAUCUAUUGGAGACCAGUGCAGCUGUUUUGCACCCUACUGUUCACAAACUAUCAUGCUAAAGGAAGGCCAUUUGGAAGCACUUGGGAGAGAUUUGAACUGAUGCCUAUGCACUUUCAGAUGGCGUCAAGGCCCUGGGCCUCGAGACUAGAGUUGUCCUAAUCCUCAGCUGACUGUUCUUAACAUAGGAGCUCAUGCCAAAAUAACCCAUGAAUGUUAAACGGUAUGAAUUGGAAAACACUAUGUAACUAUAGAUGCUAAGCAAAAGACUCAGUUACACUAAUGAAAAGGAAAUGUAGACUGAAUACUAGUAUUGUUCAAAGCAUUAAGUAGAUUGAAAUAAGAUAAGUGUAUAAAUCUAUGUAUACGGAAUGUUUAAGCUUAAGAUAAAUCAUGACAAUCAUCCAUUUUGCAGCCUUUUAACUGAGGGGACAGUAUUGAGAUAUUUUUGAGCACACAUACACCUUGUACUUUAUUGUUAUUUAUAUAUUGUACUACAAUUGAACCCUACUCCCUACAGUUUGUUUUCAGUUCUUUAUUGGUUGUAAAGUAUUUCACUGGAAAUAUUAAUCACUUGUUUUUAUCAUCCUAUUAUUGAAAACAUGAAUGUUUGCUGUGGUUUUUUUUUCUUUCUUUCUCUUUUUUUUUUAAGCCGUGAGCCUUACAUCUCGUUUUGCCAGUUCCUCUUACGUUGCAAAAUAAGUCUGUUAACACACUAACUUCCUUGUCCGCCAGAAUUGAGUGAAGAGUCUCCUUCCGUGUAUCUUAUUAUCUUAAAUCUUGUAAAUAGUGAUUGUUUUGACUGUCAGUAUGGUGUUGCAAAUCUGUGAUGAUGUCUGCAGUUUGUCAUGAAGGUGGUACUGUUCAUGUCUGUGUUUGUGUCAUGUCAUGUCUUCUUCCUCACUUCUGCCACAUCUUAAGGUUCAUUAUUUAUUUUAGGCCUUUGAGGUGAUGCCAAGCCGCAGCCGUAAAUGCAGUUGAAUCGUACUCUUGUUUCAAAUGAUGCAGCAUUUUCUGAGUGCAUGUUUAGCAAGAUUUUAUGGCUCAUUACUCGGCAGGAUAUGGCCUGUCUUUAAAUGGUGGACCUUUUUCUUUUGUGCCACAGCGGAUUUUUCUCUGCAGUCGCUGUUGCAAAACAUGUCAUGGUUAUCGAAAUGAGGAACUUCUGUGCUGCGUAAAAUGAACAGUGUUUCCUCUUUAACAGUUUGAUCCAAGAGAUGUCAGGAUUAGCUUUCUCAGUUAAAAAAAAAAUAUUCACUUUUAUGGCAGUAAUUUCUUUUGCUCAGUAUCUCUUGUAAUGUGGUGUUGCCAGAAAAUUCAGAAGAUUUCAUGUGUGGCGGCAGUGUUAGCACGUGAUGUAAUGUGGCAACAAUGACAAUCAUGGCACUUGAAAUGAAAUUCCUGCCAGGCUGAAGUUGUGCUAUUAUUGUAAUCUGUUAAUGAAAUUAGGGUACAUUCAAAGGUACAAGAAGAAACGCACCUGUUUUCGACUUUUCAGAUUUUGGUGCUUUUAAUUUAUUCAACAGAAUUAAAACUAUGUAUAAAGUU